AUGCCUUAUAGUAUGACGAAUGUGUUACAGCAUCAACAAACAAAUCUUCAGCAUUUGUACAGUUUACAAAACCAUUCUAAGAGCCUGAAUUCAGACUUUGGCAAAGAUCAAUCCUACCUCCCAAAAGAGGUACAGCAAUUUGUUGUCGAACAUCAAGAGACAAAAAGUACUCUGUAUGGUAAGAAUAAUACGGACAAUGAUGAUGCAACUACGCUUUCUUCAAAUAAUGAGAGGACGGUCGUUCGAACAGCAUUAGAUUCAGACAGGCUUCAAGUACCGAAUACAUCAAAUAAUGGAAUAAAUCAUGUUCGAUAUGCCUCCUUACCGAAUAAUAUCAACCUUAACACCAACAAUAUCCAAGUAUCGGUAAAUUCUGGCAAUUAUGCCACAUUCAAUGGAAUUAAAAGGUUCAAGAACUCUUUAACUAAUGCGUCAUUUCAAUCAAGAUUGAGAAAUUCAUUACAAUCACAACACAAGAGUUUACAACAGCAGAUCCAGUUCGAUACUGAUCCCACAUCUCCUACAUCCGUUCUUGUACCAACUACAGCCCAACCUACUGUUCUAUUGGCUAAUAGGUUUUCUGCAUGGAGAAGUGUCAUAAAAUCAACACUAAUUUAUCUGAAUGAAAUUGCAUCGAUACAAGACGAAAUUGUCAGGCAACAACUAAGAUUAGCUCAAUCCAUUCAAUUCCCGUUUUUUACUGUCGAAAAUUCAUAUCAGCCUACAACGACGCAUGAUAAAGUGAAUCAAAAUUUCUUUUUGCCUCUGGGGAAUGGAUCUGUUCAAGAUCUGCCAACAAUCUUGAUUUGUUAUCAUAACUCGAUGGCUGCUAAUGCAUCAAAAGCGUCCAAAGAACUUAUUACUGAAGUGAUUCCAAGGUUAAAUGCUCUGAAAGAUGAUCUGCUAGUCAAGAUAAAAGAAAUUAAAUCGUUACAAUCUGAUUUUAAGAAUAAUUGCUUGAAAGAAAUUGAAGCCACCAAAGCUUUACUUAAAACGUUUAAAGAAGCUAUAUGUGACACGAAAAUAUCAAGUAAACCAAAAGUCGAUCCAUAUCUGGCAAAAUUAACAUUGAAUAGACAACUUAAAAGACAAUUGAGUGAAGAGAAUUUCUUGCAUGAAGCAUUUAAUAAUUUACAAGUAUCUGGCCGAGAAUUAGAAAAUGUUGUCGUUAUGGAAAUUCAAAAUGCAUUGACCAUAUACGCUACUUUAGUCGGUCAGCAAGCUCAAGUAGUGUUUGAUCUACUAAUUUCAAAAUUAGAUCUAGGUCUUCUCAAUAUCGACCCUGUAUUUGAAUGGACCAAUUUUAUUUCUAGAGAUGCAAAUUUUCUGGGUCAUGAUGUAGCAAUGAGAAAUUUCAAGGAAAUCAAAUACAAAUAUCAAGACGAUCCAUUCACGUUUGAAUUGAAAUCAGGCCAUUUGGAAAGAAGAUCGAAAUUUUUGAAAAACUAUACAAAGGGUUACUAUGUCCUAACAGCAACUUUUUUGCAUGAAUUCAGAACUUCAGAUAGAAAAAAUGACAUUGCUCCAUUAAAUUCAUUUCUUUUAUCAGAUUGUGCUAUAAAGGAAUAUUCGAAUAACAAAGCCGAAGUAAAAUUCACCCUUCAUCAAAAGGAGGUUGGUUUGUUGAGUAGGGGUCACAAUUGGACUUUUAAAGCUAAUUCUAAUAAAUCUAUGGUUGAAUGGUUUGGUAUGAUUAAAACAAUAAGUGAACUGAAAAAUCGUAAAGAAAAACUGAAAUUUAUUAAAGACCAAAUACGCAAGAACACAGGUAAUUUGUUAACAGUUAAAAAAUCAGAGAGUUUAAAUGAUUCUAAUGUGGAAACUAUCGAUAUUAGUAAAAAUAUUCCAAGCUUAGUAAACAUAGAUACCCAAACAUCAUCCUCGUUUCCAGACACGCCGGAUUCACGUAAUUUCUCAAUCACGAAGUUGUUGGUCGAAAUUCCUUCUGAUGGCCACAGAACUAAGGUGUAG